AUGUCCAUCACCUAUAUCUUUGAAGAUUACUAUGAUGAGCUUAACUCCACCAGCCACAGCAAUUCCACCUACAUCCCAGACCCAAAGACUUUAUCAUGCGAGCCUGAACAGCUGGGUCCCUCUGCAACUGUGGCCCUGUGCGCCAUACUGGUAGUCAUCUUUCUUUUAGCAAUACCAGGAAACAUAAUAGUUGGUUGGGUGAUUUGUGCCAAUUGGCGGUCCAUGAGUCCAUCAGAUGUGUACCUGGUUCACCUGACUGUAGCAGAUACUCUGCUAGCCCUCACUCUCCCAUUUUGGGCUGUGGCAGUGAUCCAUGGCUGGAUCUUUGGAGACUUUAUGUGCAAGUUUCUCAACCUUACCAUUGAGGCAAAUUUCUACACUAGCAUCAUCUUCCUGGCUUGUAUCAGUAUCGAUCGCUACCUUGUGAUUGUGCACACUGCUGAGACUCAUCGUGACCACAAGAGGAUGUGCAGUUCGUUUGUCUGUGCAUCAGUUUGGGCCCUUGGCUGGGCUCUUGCACUGCCUGCACUUUUUAACGAUGCGUUCAAACCAAACCCUGACUCCAACAGGAUCAUUUGUUAUGAGCGCUAUGACCUCGGACAGGCUGCCUUAUGGAGACUUGUGACUCGAGGGUUCCGCCACAUCCUGGGCUUCUUGCUCCCACUGGUUGUCAUGGUGACCUGUUACAGUAUCAUCAUCACAAGGCUGCUGCGUACCCGUGGGUUCCAGAAACACCGAGCCAUGCAGGUGAUAGUAGCCGUGGUGAUUGCAUUCCUGCUCUGCUGGACACCCCAUCAUCUGAUGCUGAUCGUGGACACACUCAUGAGGUUCAAUGUGGUGCCAGGCAACUGUGCUGCAAGGAAAUCAGUCAACACAGCGCUGAAUAUCACCCACAGCCUGGCCCUUUUCCAUAGCUGCAUCAACCCCAUUCUGUACGCAUUUGUUGGAGUGAAGUUCAGGAAGAACCUCAGGCUGCUUGUUCAGAGGAAACUCAGGAUGCAGGAGAGGAUGUCAGGCUCCAGAUUCAGCAGGUCGACAUCUCAGACCUCUGACAGCAACGGGGCUCUCCUCUGA